AUGAUAAAGAGGCUUCCGAGUAGUAGGAAUCAAAGAUCCAAAGGUGUUAAGAUAAAGCAUGUUCUGCAAGUUAUUCUGCUGCUUGGUGUGUGUUUCUGGUUGAUCUACCAGGUUAAGCACAAUCACGACAAGAAGAAGGAAUUUGAUAAGAAUGAUUCAACACUAUCAUCGGUCAGAACUGAGACGGAUAAGGUUGUGAAUAUCGGUAGAAAGGACCUGAAACCAGUUAAGGAUGAAGUAGAUCAAAACGGAAAGCACGAAGAAGAGGAAGACGAACCUGUUGUAGAGGAUUUGGAAAAUAAACGCGAACACGGUGAACAACAAGAAGAAGAAGGGAACAAGCACGAAAGUGAAGUUAACGUGCAUGAAGGGAGAGAAGAACAGGAUGAAGAAGAGAAUAAGCAUGGAACAGAAGAACAGGAGGAAGGUGAAAAUAAAAUCGAAGAGAUUGAAGAUGAAGGAGGAGAUGCUGAGGUAGAUGAAAAUGAUCAUGAGAAAUCAGAUGUUGAUAAUGAUCAAGAUGAUGAUGAGGAUGCAGAUGAAUUGAAAGACAAAGUAGAUGAUAAUGAUGAGACGGAGAAUGAAGACAAGGAGGACGAGGAAAAGGGGGGUUCGGCUGAAAACGAUGAGAGUCAUGAAGCUCGGGAGGAACAUUACAAGGGGGAUGACGCGUCUAGUGCUGUGGCUCAUGACACUCAAGCAACUAGCACUGAAACUGAACCGAUUAAUUUGACACAGGCUGGUCUAAGCGUACAAAUGAAUAUCGAACAACCAGACAACAAGACAACUUUUCAUUCUGAUGAGAAUAACAGGAAUGAAAAUGAUUCUGAUUUGAAGGAUAGAGAAGGUGAAGCGGCUGAUGCAAUUUCUUCUAAUGUGACUGCCGGUAAAGAGACUGGAAAUACCAGUUUGUCUACCGAAACAGCCGAAACAAACGCGGAUAGCCACUUCGAUGUAAGAAGUAAUCUGACAGCAGUGAUUACUGAAGCAAGCAGUAACUCAACAGGUGCCGGUGAUGACACAUCGAGUUCAUCUGAACAAAUUAAAACAGUUGUCGUAUCCAAGUCUGAUAAUUCUCAAAAUGCGACAGCUAAUACAACAGUUGCUGGAGAUAUAAAGCAAACAGAGGGAUUAGAGCAGCCUGUCAACAAAACUUCUGAAGGAAACCUGCCUGAUAAUGAUGCAACAGUCUCUGUUAAACCAGAUAAUCGUGACUCUGCUCCGCAAGAAUCUCCUACUCUAGUGGGUAGUGCAUUAGAGAAAACAAUCGAUUUUGCAGCUUCAAAUGAAACCGAUGACAUUUCUGGUAAUUUGAAUAAUAAUGCGACCUCUGGUACCACCGAAAGUGACAAGUCCAAAGGUAUCACCGAAACUAGUGAAGCAAAAGAAACUAAGAACAUCUACGCCACUGUGGAUGAGAUGUUCAAGGGCAAUACUCAAACAGGCGAAACUGAUGAAAAAUCAGACUCUUCCUCAACCAAUGAAAUUCUAGACUCAGUUAUACACGACGCUAUUGAUCUUUCUGAUACUCAGAACAUACACGAGGAGGAUAUGGCAACGGCUCAAACUGAUCUCGAUACGUUGCCAGAUAUUCAAAACGAAGGAAACGAUGGCGAUGAAAAUUCAGCAGAGUGA